CGCGCAGCGCGUCGCCCGACUCGUCCGACGACCAGGUCAUGGCGGUGCCGGUCGCGAACGGGGCCGACGACGCCGACGUGCUGAUCCCGUCCGUGUUCCCGCGGUGGACGGUGUCGGUGCUCAAGAUGCUCGUGUGGCAGUGGGUGGCGCUCAUGUCGGGGCUGUGGUACAAGCUGGUGCAAGACUCGUACUUGGCAUGGACGGGCGGCGCGGCAGCAGUGGCCGGCAAGAUGGUUGCUGACAAGAUUGUUUUCAACGUGACGGCGUAGCGAGAUGGGGAUGGUAUAUCUAGCUUGCUUUUCAUCUUCUCCUUUUCCCUCUUAAAUCUUUCCGGUUCGCUUCGGGGCGUCCCCCAAGGGCAGCUGGAAGCAAGCGCGGGUGGAACAAAUUGGGUGGCAAGCAAGCAACCCCUACCUGUCAGUUAAUGAAAUCCAACAAGGCGCGACGUCAUGCCUUGUGAGCACCGUGAGUUAGGUUGGUCUCUAGUUUUCGGCUAGGUAGUUAUUGUGUAUAUAUUUCAUCUGGAAAUAAUGAUGACGCAUGACAUAUA